UGAAAUAGUUCCUAUAUGGCUACAUAUAUACAGAACCUAAGUUAUACGAAAACUGAAUGGUAUGCGUUUACUUUAACUAUGUGUGUAUCUGUUAGUAUAUACAUGUAUACAGAUGCAGAUAAGUUGAAAAACAACGUACUAAAAAAUGUUUAAAAACUCACAUGUAAUUUCUAAAUUAAUAACGAUAGUGCAUGUUUUAAUAAAAAACAUGAAAUAAUAUACAUAAUUGUAUGUAUUACUUUAGAAGAUUUGCGACACAAUCGUAGUAUUUGUUUACUCAUUUUUUGGAAAAUUAUAACUGUAUAUAUGAUAAAAGAACAAUGAUGUUGCAUAAAACAAGCUUAAGGCUAUGUCGCCUCUGUGGAAAAGAAAAACAGCAAGGCACAGAUUUGUUUACAGAUAAAGUUAAAGGGAUUGUACUAAUAUCGAUUAUAAAUAAAUAUUUCUCUAAAGAGGUGAUAAAUAUUUCAAACUCUGAUGCAUUUUCCAAAUAUGUUUGUAGUGAUUGCGAACAAAAGAUAUAUGUAUUUGAUGAGUUCUGUUUGAUGGUAGCUAAUGUGCAGAAACAACUUGCAGCCCCAUCUUUGGAAAUUGAUUUUGCAGAAGACAUGUUAUACCAAUUGAAAGAAAGUGAUACACUACCAAAAAAUACCUUAAACAAGCAGGGAGUAAAGAAAAGUACAUGCCCAAUAUGUGCUAAAAGUUUUAGAUGUCAAUCACAUUUAAACAGGCAUAAACGUAUUCAUACUGGACAAAGACCUUUUGUUUGUAAUAUUUGUAAAAUGUCAUUCAAUCAACAAGAAAUCUUAAUGAAGCAUAAAGAAAGACAUGAAGGAAAGAAACUAUUUCAAUGUGCAAAUUGUCAUCAAUCAUUUCGUUAUAAAGUUUCUUUGAAAUCUCAUAUGAUAAAUUUUCACAUAGACAUGGAACAGUCUAUUAAUAAUCAAAGUCUGCAAAUGGAAAGCAAUUCAUUUACAUGCCCUGAAUGUGGUAAGCAAUUUGUAACAAAAUAUAAAUUACAAAGGCAUUCAAGAUGCCACACUGGUGAGAGACCAUAUCAUUGUACUUUCUGUUUAAAAACAUUCUCUCAAACUGGUAAUUUAAAAGUGCAUCAAGUGAAGUAUCAUCAAAUGCAUAGUUCUGUAACUGAAAUAAGAAGACAGACUCAAUACGAUGAUCAAAUAGUUGACUGUGAUAUACCUACAACGUUAAAUAAUUUCCAUACAGUUAACAUGUCAGAGAUCGAAUUGCAAAAUACGAUAAACGAAACUAUAAAUUCUACAGAGCAGAGUAGUUCGUACGCCUCAAAAAUAUAUGAAAAUUCUUUAUAUAUUGAUGAGGAAAUUGAAACAAUUCUGGAUCGCGAUCUUGGCCAAUUAGGACAAAAUAAAUAUUCUACAAAUGUACAAGACAAAGUACCGCUUUGCUUAAAACAACCAGAGACUCCUGAAUUACUGCACAGUCUAUUAUAUGAUGAUGGUUAAUUUUCGCAAGUUGACUGUGUACUGUUAAUUGUUUAUUUAAAAUAAUAUCAAAAUUAUUUAUAUUCCGAAUCCGGAACUAAGUUAUAUACAUAUUGAUAAUUAUAAAAUUAUACGUAGUUCUUUUCAUUAAUAUACAUUUCUAUUUUGUUAAUGAUGAUAUAUACAUAUAUAAUUUCUAGAAAGUAGUUUCAAACAUGCAUUAUUAAUAAUUUAACAAUAUUUGUUAAUGCUUUUUAUAAGCUUUAUUAUUUAAAAAUUUUUGUAAAUAAUUUUAUACCUUUUAUUUUUGUUGUGAAUAAAUAAUUCCAUGUGUAUACAAGUUAUAUACAUACAAAUUAAGUCAGUCUUGUUCAACUUACUCCAUAGCUUGGAAAACUUGUAAUACUUUAGAAUAAUAGCUUUAAGCUUUAAGAAUGAAAUAGAAAAGGAAAGAGAUGAUAAUAGAUCUGUUGAUUUCUAAGAGAUCUAGAGGAGGACAAAGCCAAAUAAGGGGCUUCUUCCAUGGCCAGUAGUGGUUCAAAUCAUUAUUCUGUAUAAGGAAUUUCAUCUAUUACGAUAUAUUGAAUGUGACAGUAAUAACAAUUCAUUUAUAUUUACUCAUCAGAUAUGGUAUUAUAAAUAUUAUAUAAAAGAAUACUUUCAUUAUCAUUAGUAGAAAAAUUAACAAUUCAUACAAUAACCUACUAGUUAUCAUAUAUUAAAAUAUUUACUUAAAAUUAUUUCUUUUUAUAUUUAAAUGUUUAUUAAUGUAAUAAAAUUAGAAAACUCUUUAAAAAUA